AUGGUAGGUAAUACUGGUGACGUUUAUGAAGCUAUUUUACAAUAUUUGGAAAACAUUGUUAAAUUUUCUCAGGAAAAUCCAAGAAUUGAUGUUAUAUCUGAUGUUGAAAUUGUACCUCCUCAUCAAUCAGAUGACGAAAAAACGCAAAAGAAGCUGAAAACAGUAGUAUUCCAAUUCACGAUGUUAUCAUCAAUCAAUGGAAUACAUACUGUUAACAUCAGAGCUCAGUUAGAUUCAGCAUAUUGGAGAAAUAUACAACAGCAUAAUGAUACCGUUACAAAAAACAGAGAGGAAAAUGUUCCACACCAUACAUUUUCUUUGCCCUCUGAGCGGAACAUCCACGCUGUUAUCAGAGAAAUCCCAGCGUCAAGUCCUGAGCAGGAAAUCAAAGAGGAGCUAGAACUAUAUAUAUAUACUCCCCUCCACGUAAUUGACUUGAAGCGCAACGUGCCGCGUGCCCAUGCCGUUGGUGGUGGUGAUCCUGCAUAA